CGCAGGCAAGAUAUUCCAGCAUUCAUUCACUACCUCCGCCUGGUCAAGAUCUCGUCGGCUACAAUCUAUGCAAGCCUAUCUCCCAAGGCAUCGAGCCCAACCCUGCACAUCGAGUCCUGUCAGAUUAGUCAGAAUGCUUGUCUUCGACAUAAUAUGUAUCAUUAAUCCUGGUCCACCUCUUCGAUCGCUAUCCUGAUCCAUACCCAUAUACCUCUCUCUAUUCACUUCCACCAACCCGGACAAACCCUCUCAACCACCAUCAAGCUGGCUUGGUUCUGGGCAACACCACCGUCCUCGGAUCCUCCUAGUCCUUUCCCCUCUCCGUCGAGCUCAACGCCCUCUGAGCCGCCGAAACACUUCCUCUCCAGACGCCACCUCCCAUCCUCUCCCACAGCACCUCGCCCAGCACACAAACCCAUAAUGUCUCAACCGACACAGCUACCACCACUCACGCCGCAGUUUUGCUUCAACACACGUGUCCUGCGGGACUUUCUCCGCCUGUCGCGGUCGACGAUAGACGAUAGCAUAUCGACAAACCUCAACGCCUUGCUCACCCCCAGCACCGCCCGACCGUUCACCUCGACCUCGACCUCGACCCGCUCACCACCAACGCUACCACAUCAGCGCAUUCCCGCGUCCACCAGUUCCGUGUUUCUAAGCACGGUGCUGUUCCCAACCUGGCAAGCCCGCAGCGACGUCAUACACUACUGCACCUCAGUUGCGACGAGUCCCGACCCCUCAGACCCAGACUUGAUUGAGCGGGAGGCUCUGAAUAGGAAAGAUGCCGAGCGGAUUGUGGAUGAGCGGUUAGAUCCGUAUUCGGGGAGGUUCUUCCCGAGAGAAGGCAGAGCCGAGACCCUGGCAGGGUUGCUGAGGAACGAAAAUGCCGUCGAGGGUAUUGUCAGGCAGAGGACAUGGACUGUGGUUGCAGAACGGUGCGACGGCGUCGAGAAUGACGCAAGCUGGGAGGCUGCCUUGGACACAUGGAGGGAAAGGCAGCAGCGGUAAAAACCGGCGAAUGGUACGGACAUCCAUGGCUGCGAUGAUACCCGAUCAUGAAAAAGAACGGUGCAGUUUCUGGUUUCGCAUAUCCGCUUGAAGGUCUAUGACCUGAUUGACAGCAUGCCCUGGAAGGAAACUUGUUGCAUAUCCCGGACAUUAGGAUAGCUCAAAAACUUGUAUAUACAUGGAUAGACAGGCACUCCGCUCCACGAAACGGAAAUGACUUGAUUCUGGUUAGACAAACUAC